CCCGCCCUCCGGCGGGAGGGUGGACGCUUGUGCUGGACGUCCGCCGGGGUGAGCACAGUCUCAGAGGCGAGGUGACUCGGCGCAUUCGUGGUCUUGGCUGGCUCAGAGGCGAGGUGGCUCGGCGCAUUCGUGGUCUUGGCUGGCUUGAGAGCCUUGACCUGGAAGAGCCUGGCCGAGGAGGCCCGCGCCCCUGCCCGCGGUGGCGGGUUCAUUCGUCUUCCUCCGAAGGGCUUUCUGUGCCCGCCUUCUUUGUUGGCGGCUGGAGAUGUCGGCGUCGCCUGCUUCCCGCCGCUCCGAGCGGGCGUGCGCCCAGCAUCACCCACCGGUCCACUUGAGCAUCUCUUUAUCCUGUUUUGACCCGCUGCCAAGCCUCCACCUGCAUUUUGUGCUGUAGCCCCUCUCGGUCCAGGCGCCCUCUUUCUCUCCAGAGGAGACCUCUCUUGGUCAUCGUGUCAAAGUGUCCAGGGUGAACUGAAAUCAGCUUCGGCUUGUACAGAGGUGACCCGGUCUUUGAAAGGGAGAAUGAGAGAGUAGAGAGGGGACGAGUGGAGACUCAGUAAAGCAGGGAGGUCAAGUGAAACCCGUCUGGGUUUGCUAACUGGCGCUUAUGGAAGUUAGGCUCCUACCCCCUCCCACAGAGACUGGGAGACAGAGGCCCUAUCUUCAGGAGUUGGGUGGAACAAGCACUACAUUCUUUAGACAACCUUGAAUUUUCUCAAGCAGACCCUCUAAGAGGGGGUAGGGUCAUCCUAGGGAUGUGGCCUUGAACUGCUAGAGAUGAUGUUAAUGUCUUGUUCAUGUCUUCAUAGGCCAGGGUUUGAAGGCUAGCGGAGAAAGGGCUCAGAGGAGCCUGCCAAGAGUCUGGUCAAGGACAGAAUCUUUGUCACUGGUCAGGGUCACUGGACAUAUUUAGUAAAAAUUUUCUGUUCUAACCCAAGCAGUCACUGAGGCCAGGAUUCUCCUCUAGCCGAGACUCAGUUCUGGAUAAUGUAGUGUUGUGGCAUAUUUUGAGAAGCCUUGUGCCUUGCCAGCAAGUGGAUGGAGCAGUUAUAACUCCGUGGGUGAGGGGAGGGGCCGGGCUGCCAUGGAGUGGUAGGGCAGUCAUUGUCCUAAGAGUUAAGCGAGUCCAGGGAUGGUGGUGAGAGAUGUGAAGGGGAGUAAUGCACAUACGGGCUGCGAGAGAGGGGCAGUUUCACUUGGAGCUCUUUUCUCCUUAGAUCUGAGACUCUUCCUCUUCCCAAAUCAGAGAGCAGUGCAGGAAGCCAGGGGACGGCAGCCAUGCUUCAGACAGCGUGGUCCCAGGUGAGCUGGCUUCCUGACAGCUUUUCUUAGAUCAGCUCUCAGAGAAGUCUACGCCAGACUCGGGCCUGACUUGGGUUCCCCUUUGCCAGGCAGCUGUGGAUGUGUGUCUGUGCGGGUGAGGGUGUGUUUGGGGAAAAGUGGUUUGAGGUGAGAUGAGAUUAUCCCCAGUGGGAGAUACCUUUGGCUACACAGAGAGGACAUGAUUUUCAGAAGAUCCAUUUAAUUGCAUGAGGUGGAAGCACCUGCCAGAAAUCCACAUCAGUUUCUACAGAUGAAGUCUACCAACAGGCAGGUCUCCUGUGCCAGUAGUUCGCACCUGUCCUUGGAGGCCAUGGAACUUAGAAGAAUUUGGAAGACACCCUGGGAAUGCUAGAUGAGUAGAGCAUGAAUCUAGGAGGGGCAGGAGGAGGACUGCAAAACCGAUGACAUUAGGCAGUUCAGACAAUUAUUGGGGAAAUAAAGGAGGACUGAGUAGUGCAGCAGAGGCUGUGGGGUGUGGAGCCAGAGAAUUCUGUGUCAUGUUUCCAUGGUGUUUAAAAUGCUUUCCAGCUCCCAGGAGAAACUGCAUGGGUAUUGGUUAAUGGGCUUUUCUAGCUGUGUGGUCUUGGAUUACUUCUAAACCUCUUUGGCUUCCGUUUCCUCAGUUGUAAAGUGAGGAACGUAACAGUACCAAUCUCAAGUGAAAAUGAAAAGUGAUGAUGCUUAUAAAGCCUUAGCACAGUUUCUAGCACCUAUUAAGCUCCCAUAAAUCUUAGCUAUUAUAUAAAGACCAUUUAAGUGACUAGUGCAAGGAAGUUUAAUUAAUGAAUAUGAAUUGAUUGCAACAAAGUAAUACAUUUGUUUAAUGUAUUUAAAAACAUACUAGUUCUUCCUUUUGGAUUGCGGUUGCUGUCUAGAUGAUUCUGUUUGGUUUCAAUAUCUAUUUAUAUGUGUAGUUACAAAAGGGAGCUGGGCUGGAGCAAUGUGCAGCAGAUGCCUAAGUGCAGGAGACUCUGGUUACACGGUGCGUGAAAGGCCCCCAUCAUUGGGCAUUUGAGACAGCAGAGGAAAAGUCUCUGGAUACUGUAGCACCUGUGGUCACAGAAGAGAAGCCAUUCCUGUUACCAUCCAGGCCCUCUGUCAUGUAGUUGAACUAACUGAAGAUGCCUUUGUAAUUAAAACCUUUCUGGGUAGAAGCACUGAAUUUCUCCAGGUUGGGCCUGGAACACACAUCUGGGUAUACGGUGGGAAAGGGCUCUAAGGCUAAAUGUUAAUAGCUGUUUCCCUACACUGUGUCACACAUUGGAGCCCAAGCAGCACUUGUAUCUCUAAAAACAACACAAACUUGUAAGCACUUAUUACGUGCCAGGCACUACUGUAAACACUUUGCCAAUCCAUGAAUUCAUUUAAUAUUAACCUUCAACAGCCCUUUGUGGUUGGUACCACCAUCAUACCCAUUUAACAAUGAAACAGGCAAGGCAACUUGCUGCUGGUCCCACAGCUAGUAAGUGGUACAGCGGCCAGGUUUUUGGACCAGGUGCUCUUUGCUCUCAACCCAUACACAUCUGGCUGUUGAAGUGAUGGGCUCCACUCUUCCAAUUUCCAAUCCUCCCACAUUGGUGUAGCCACAGAACCCAGGCCUCUUGGGCACGUGUGGAGCAAUGGUCCCCUCAGUGCCUGGAAGGGCAACCAGAAGUAGUGAACGCCAGAGAACCCUGGGUAAUUCCCAGGAUUGAAACCAUUCUGUGGCUUGAGCCAGCCAGACUACAUACCCCGGAGGAGCUACCGAAUGGGGGCGCUGCAGGACCCGAGCCUCCGGCCAGCAGCUCUGUCCUUUGCCGUCUCCCAAAGUACGGACAGUAUGGCUGCAGCUGCGAUAGGGAACCACAGAGAUGGGAAACUUACCAGGUUCCUAGAGAGGAGGGGAGACGGUUAACGCACUUGCCACUGAACCUGUUGGAAGCUUUCCCAGAGGCCGGCUGCAGUCCCAUGCUUUCUCUUCGCUUGCACAGCGCGGGGUUAGUGGCUUCCUGAGAUGCGGGUGCCGGUGUCCGGUGUCACAUCUCAGGACCUGGAGGGCAGUGUGCGAAGCAGAGACGCCUGCCAUGCUCCAGAUCACCUGGCGCCCGGAGCCAGUGACCUUUGAGGAUGUGGCUGUGUACUUCACCCAGAAUGAAUGGGUCAUCCUGGAUCCUGCGCAGAGGGCCUUGUACAGGGAGAUGAUGCUGGAGAAUUAUGCAAAUGUGGCUUCCCUGGCUUUUUCAUUCACCAGACCUAUUCUGGUCUCUCAGCUGGAGCGAGGGGAACUGCCAUGGGGCCUCGAUCCCUGGGAACCCGUGGGCAGGGAGGCCCUCAGAGGAGUGUGUCCAGGCGGGGAGACCAGAACUGACAAGGAAGAAUCAAUGCCAAAAGAACACAUUUCCAAAGAAGCAGAGUCCCAUGGACUGACAUUAGGAGGGCUGCCAGGGAAUGUUCCCCAGCACCUUGGCUUCAGGAGCCGCCUAGAACAGCACAGCCACGGGAUGAUUAAGAGGACAAAGUCAAAGAGGAGAGAUUUCACAGAUGGGUCAACCAGGCAUCAGGAGGCCUGUGCUGUGGAGAGCGGGGAGAAGUGUGAGAAACUGGGAAAAUACAUUAGUGUUAGCACACAACUCACUACGAAUCAGACAGUUUCUAGCGGUCAGCUAUCUUACAAGUGUGAAAAAUGUGACAGAUGCUUCAUUCGGAUGGCAGACUUCCACAGACAUCAGAGAUGUCACACUGGUGAAAAGUCUUUUGAAUGCAAAGAAUGCGGAAAAUACUUCGGAUAUAAUUCCUUACUUAUCCGGCAUCAGGUAAUCCACACUGGGAAGAAACCAUUUAAAUGCAAAGAAUGUGGGAAAGGUCUCAGUUCAGAUAUGGCCUUGAUUCAGCAUCAGAGAACCCACACUGGAGAAAAGCCCUAUGAGUGUCAGGAGUGUGGCAAGGCCUUCAGCUGCAGCUCCGUCUUCCUCCAGCACCAGAGGUUCCACACUGGGGAGAAGCUCCAUGAGUGUGACGAAUGUUGGAAAACUUUCAGCUGUAGCUCAAGUUUCACCGUCCAUCAGUGAGUGCACACUGGGGAGAAACCCUACGAAUGUAUGGAGUGUGGGAAACGAUUAAGCUCCAACACAGCCCUGACUCAGCAUCAGCGGAUCCACACUGGGGAGAAACCUUUUGAAUGUAAGGAGUGUGGGAAGGCCUUCAAUCAGAAAAUCACCCUGGUUCAGCAUGAGCGUGUCCACACUGGUGAGAAACCUUACGAGUGUAAGGUGUGUGGGAAAACCUUUAGUUGGUGUGGAAGUUUCAUCCUGCAUCAGAAGCUCCACGUGCAGAAGACAUCUAUCCAAGAGUAGCACUCUCCACAGCUAGGCUCACAGUGCCUCUUCUUGUUUCUCCCCAUCUUCAUGCUUUUGAUCAAUGUCAUCACUGCCUUUUCUGAACUGUGCUAAUUCUAUU